UGGUGGGAUCCACACAGCUGUGAGUGCGAGAAAAUAUACACCCGGAACAGGUAUACUUCCUCGUACGGUGUCGGUGACACCCCGCCAGUUCUUCUAGGUUCUUCUACGAAACUACACGAGCGGAGGGACUGACACCUCAUUUUAAAGUAGCUUUCGUGGUGUGUCGCUACGCGGUUUACUUUAGCAAUCUUAGAGUUAGUUACACAAAAUUACGCCGCAGUACACAACGCGCAACCGUAUCCCUCCCUCUCAGCCUCACAAAUCUACACAAAGCCAAAAACAGAGAGACACAGACUGCAAAUUCUGAUUAAUUUCGAGAGCGAGUUGGAGAUGGAGAUAGAGAUAGAGGGUGGUUCCGUGACUCGGAUAUUGAUGGGAGUGAGCGAGUCGACAAUCAAAGGGCACCCACACGCUUCAAUAAGCAGCAGAGGAGCUUUUGAUUGGACAAUCCAGAAGAUCGUUCGCCACAACACCUCUGCUUUCAAGCUUCUCUUCCUUCAUGUCCAAGUCCCCGAUGAAGAUGGUUUUGAUGACAUGGAUAGUAUUUAUGCGUCACCUGAAGAUUUUAAAAACUUGAUGAACAGGGAUCGGGCAAAAGGGCUUCACCUGCUUGAGUAUUUUGUUACUAGAUGUCAUGAAAUUGGGGUUUCUUGUGAGGCAUGGAUCAAGAGAGGUGAUGCCAAAGAAGUAAUCUGCCAUGAGGUGAAGAGAGUCCAACCCGAUCUUCUGGUUGUGGGAAGUCGGGGUCUUGGCCCUUUUCAGAGGGUUUUUGUAGGAACUGUAAGUGAAUUCUGUGUGAAGCAUGCUGAAUGCCCUGUCAUCACAAUCAAACGCAGUGCAGAUGAAGCUCCUCAGGACCCUGUUGAUGACUGAUUGUCCCUGAAAUGUGCUUUCAUUGUUUCAUUCUGUUAAUAGGCUUCUAACAGCUGGAUAAUUAACUAUGGUAAACACUUGCGAGAACUGCACAUUGUGGAGAUUUUGCAUACAUGGAGAAACUUUGUUUUUUCUAUAUGGUCUUCGCUUGGUUUGUUUUUUCUAUAUGGUCUUCCCCUUCAUUUGCAGACUCCUUUUUGGAGCUCUCUUAAAUCUUAACCUUGAUCUCGGUAAUUUCAGCUUGUAUGGAUUAUUUGAUAUGUUCUUUUUGAUGUGGAUAGAUUAUUAUUUUAAAUUGCACCUUCCUUUUGGUAUAA